UUCUGCUUCCUUCUUCUGUUCAUUCCAUUCCUCAAAGAAAAACCCAGCACCCAAACCAUGUCGCAAAAGCAGCGCCUCGUUCCUAUCUGUCUCGCGGACUUGGAGCACAAUGCCCAUGUCACCAUGGACCUCAAUGCGCUCGACUACUACCGUAGUGGUGCCAAUGACAUGCAGACCAUCAAGGAUAACCAGGAUGCAUACACCAGGCUUCGUCUCCGCCCAAGGAUCUUGAGGGACGUCUCCAAGAUCGACACCCAGACCACUCUUCUGGGCCACCCCGUCAGCAGUCCGAUCUGCAUUGCUCCCACAGCCAUGCAGCGUCUUGCCAAUGAUGCUGGUGAAAAGGCCACUGCCCGAGCCGCCGCCAAGGCCAAGAAGUGCAUGAUCCUCUCAUCCUGGUCAACGACCUCGGCCGAGGACACCAUCGAGGCCGGAAAGGAGAUCGAGGUCGAUCAUUCGACUCCUGGGUUGCCAUUGUUCUGGUUCCAGCUCUAUGUCUACAAGGACCGUGCCUUGGCCGAGUCCUUAAUUCGACGUGUUGAAAAGGCUGGCUACAAAGCAUUGGUUGUUACUGUCGACACACCUUUCUUGGGCCGCCGUCUGGCCGAUGUCCGUAAUGUGUUCAAGCUGCCUCAGCACAUGACCAUGGCCAAUUUUGAGACCAAGGAAUCAAAGGUCACCAUGGCCAACAUCCUGGACCAAGAGGGCGCGAAGGACAAGGCCGUUGAGCAGACCUUGUCGAACCAAGCAAACGGCGCCAGCCAGGAAGCAAAACGCGCUGGCGAAGGCAAGGCCGCCAAGGUCAUCCGCCAGGAGUCCAGUCUUGCUGCGUAUGUGGUCGCACAGAUCGAUCCGACCUUGAACUGGAAGGAUAUUGAGUGGAUCCGAUCGAUCACGGAUCUGCCGAUCGUCGUCAAGGGCGUCUUGACGGCCGAGGACGCGAAAUUGGCGGCGGAUGCGGGUGUCAAGGGUAUUGUUGUUAGUAACCAUGGAGGCCGACAGUUGGAUGGCGUUUUGGCCACGAUUGACGCGUUGCCCGAGGUGUUGGAGGCUGUCCAGGGCAGGGAUGUAGAGGUCUACAUUGACGGGGGUGUUAGGAAAGGAACAGAUGUGCUCAAGGCCCUCGCCUUGGGUGCGAAGGCUGUCUUCCUGGGACGCCCUAUCCUCUGGGGUCUUGCUCACGAUGGCGAGGAGGGUGUCUCUCUGACAUUGAGCCUCAUCCAACUAGAGUUGGAGCUGGCCAUGGCCCUGGCUGGCUGCUCCAAAAUCUCGGACAUCACGCGCGAUCAUGUUCAGCAUGGAACGACCAGCCGCGCCAAGCUGUAGUUCUCAACAGUACUCUUUUUGUCACAGCAAGAAGUAAUAAAAAAAUACUGCUUUUUUAUAUU